AUGGGAAGAGAGAAGGACGGUAGAGGAGAAGGAAAGGCCAAGGCCAAAGCAACCAAACUGAAAAAGCUGAGUGAUAAUGAAAGCGCCGGUCCUGGAGGAGAUACCAUUAAGAACAGUGCAAAGUCAUCAAAAUCUGCAGAGAAAACUGACAAUGGAAAGGCCCAAAAGAAGGUCAAGACACCCAAGACGGAGUCAGCCAGCAGUGCCAGGCACAGGAUUUGCAGCAAACACCAGAUGAAGUCAGGAACCGGAGAGCCUGAGAAAAGCCUCAUUGCCCUCAAUCAGAAGCCAUUAGGGGCCGUACUGCAGAAGUUCAGGGAGAUUGCAUUAGGCUCAGACACUGUUGAGAUGGUAAAAGAGGAGCAAGAGGAUGAGGACUUCAGCGCAAAGAAAGGUUUGAAAAGGAAACGAAUUAAGGAUGAACCCAUGGAAGGCCCUUCGCAUUCCAGCGCUACACCAACCUUAAAGAAGAAGAAGAAGAAGCAACACAAGCAGGAAGAAGAAAGUGACGGAGAAGCUCAGAAAAAGAAGACGAAGAAGAGAAAAGAACAGGUGAUAAAGAAAGAGGAAGGAGAGAAUCCAGUCUCAAAACCGAAGAGGACAAAGGAGGAGAUCAAGGAGGCGAGAGAGCUGAAGAUCAAAAAGAAGGAAGAGGAGGAGCAGAAUCGCUGGCGAUGGUGGGAGGAAGAGAAGUAUGAAGACGGGGUAAAAUGGAAGUUCCUGCAACAUAAAGGACCCUACUUUCCCCCUGAGUACCAGCCUCUACCAGACAAUGUGCACUUCUACUAUAAUGGUAAGCAGGUGAAGCUGAGCCCGGCAGCUGAGGAGGUGGCAUUGUACUUUGCUCAGAUGCUGGACCAUGAAUACACCACCAAAACGGUGUUCAGGGAAAACUUCUUUAAAGAUUGGAGGAAGGAAAUGACCCACGAGGAGAGGACGCUGAUUCAAAAUCUUGACAAAUGUGACUUUGGAGAGAUUAACGCCAUGCACAAAGCCAAGGUGGAGGCCAGGAAAAACAUGAGCAAGGAGGAGAAACUGGUUGUGAAAGAGGCCAAUCAGAAGAUAGUGGACGAGUACGGCUUCUGCCUGCUGGACCACCACAAAGAACGUAUCGGCAACUUUAAGAUUGAGCCUCCAGGGCUGUUCAGGGGUAGAGGUGAGCAUCCCAAACAAGGCAUGCUGAAGAAAAGGAUCCAACCAGAGGACGUGAUCAUCAACUGCAGCAAAGAUUUAACUAUCCCUGUGCCACCUGCCGGUCACCGCUGGAAGGAGGUUCGACAUGACAAUAGCGUGACAUGGUUGGCCAGUUGGACUGAGAACAUCCAGGGCUCCAUUAAAUACAUCAUGCUCAACGCCAACUCCAAACUCAAGGGAGAGAAGGACUGGGAGAAAUACGAGGUCGCUCGGAAGCUGAAGUCAUGCGUGGACGACAUCCGUACCCAGUACCAACAGGAUCUCAAGUCGAAGCAGAUGGGCACUCGCCAGAGAGCUGUGGCCCUCUACUUCAUAGACAAGCUGGCGCUGAGGGCCGGUAAUGAGAAGGAGGAAGGAGAGACGGCGGACACGGUGGGCUGCUGCUCGCUACGCGUGGAGCACAUUACGCUCCACGAGCAACUGGAAGGCAGCGAGUGUGUGGUGGAAUUCGAUUUCCUGGGUAAAGACUCCAUUCGCUACUACAACAAGGUUCCUGUCAUCAGGAAGGUUUUUAAGAAUCUGAAACUGUUCUUGGAGGACAAGGAACCUGGAGAUGAACUCUUUGACCGCCUCAAUACGACCAUGAUGAACAAGCAUCUGAGUUCACUAAUGCCAGGUCUGACUGCCAAGGUCUUCAGGACAUAUAACGCCUCCAUCACCCUGCAGCAGCAGCUCAAAGAACUCACAAACAAGUCUGACAAUGGGGCAGAGAAGCUGCUCUCCUACAACAGGGCCAACAGAGCAGUUGCAAUUCUCUGUAACCACCAGCGGGCGCCGCCAAAGACCUUCGAACAGUCCAUGGCUAACCUUCAGGCCAAGAUUGAUGCAAGAAAGGAACAACUGGCUCUUGCCAAGACAGAGCUGAAACAGGCCAAGAAGGAUGCUAAGGCCAAAGGCAGCUCAGACCCCAAGCUGCAGACGCUGGUGGAGCGGAAGAAGGCAGCUGUGAAGCGCUGUGAGGAGCAGCUGCUGAAGAUGGAAGUCCAGGCAACUGACCGAGAGGAAAACAAACAGAUUGCACUGGGUACCUCAAAGCUCAAUUACCUGGAUCCACGCAUUAGUGUGGCAUGGUGUAAGAACAUGGAGGUACCUGUAGAAAAAAUCUACAAUAAGAGCCAAAGGGAUAAGUUUGCCUGGGCCAUUGACAUGACAGAAGCAGACUUUGAGUUCUAAUUUGAAAUGUCUUAUAUUACAUACAGUACUGUGAUGUUGCAUGUGUAAUAUGUUCAUAAGCUACAGAUACUGCACUUAGUGACAAUGUGUGACAUGAUCAAGUUUCGCCCCGUGACAUGUUUUGUUUACUGCUGUUCAUUUCUGUUAGAUGAUUUUGGCACUUAAGAGGACUGUUAGUUUUUGUGUUUGGUAAAUUUUGUGUUUCCAUUAAUCUGAAUAAAGUUUACUACUAUGCAGUGAAGUGACGAAAGAGUGGUUAGUUUUUCUAAAUACUACUUUUAAGUGAAUAUUGAUGCAGAUGCCUCCAAUUCCAUAUAUAUAGGAUGUCAAUUUAACAUCUAAUUUAUCACAAUAAGAUGAAUGCCAAAU